AUGGCUUACAUAUUCCGGGACACGACCAUUGGUAUGCUGAUACGAUGGGCGUCGAAAAGAACCGUCCUCAGAUAUCCCGAGGAGCAGGCAGACUUUCAGUGCCCGUCGUCAUACAACCCACCCAUGACUUCGUCAUCCACAGCAACAGCCGUCGUCCAGCACCAAGCGGAACCAGCAGGCGACGAGCCCGUGGAAAAUGCUGCGGGCGAAGCAAUUCACAGAUCGGGCACGCCUUCUACUGAAGAGCUGGGCUCGUCGGAUGACGACGGCAUGGAGCGCGACGCCAUUUCCAAAAUCAUGUCUCGACCUCAGAUGUCACAUGUUGAAACAAGAGCUUCAUUGGAACAGGCCUACUCCGAUGCGAUACACCAAGAGACGACGAGGGAGACGCACGCCAUCAUCCAACCCAAGACCAAGGACGGCAUUAUUCUGGUCGACUGGUACAGCACCAGUGAUCAGGAGAAUCCGCAAAACUGGUCGACGGGACGCAAAACUCUAGUUGUCCUCCAGAUCUACGUGUACACACUCGCCGUUUACAUUGGAUCCGCAAUCAUUACACCCUCUCAGCCAUACAUCGAAGUCCAGUUCAACGUCUCCCCCGAAGUCGCGUCCAUGGGGCUGUCCCUUUACGUCCUUGGCUACGGAGCCGGUGCUCUGGUCUUCUCCCCGUUGUCUGAAAUUCCAGUCAUUGGCCGCAACCCACCUUACAUGGUCACCUUUCUCAUCUUCAUUGCCCUUUCAAUUGGCGUUGCCGUCGUCAACCACUUCCCCUGGCUGAUCGUCCUGCGUUUCCUGCAAGGAUUCUUUGGAUCUCCUUGCUUGGCCACGGGCGGCGCAACCCUCGGCGACAUAUUCAACCUCAUCCAGUUGCCGUACGCACUUACCGGGUGGGCCGCAUUUGCGACGGCAGGCCCGGCGUUGGGACCCCUGAUUUCCGGCUUCUCGGUGCCGGCCACAAACUGGCACUGGUCAUUGUGGGAGAUUGUCUGGCUCGCUGGACCCGUCUUUGUCUUCAUGUUCUUCUUCAUGCCUGAAACAUCGACCCCGACGAUUCUCCUGCGGCGUGCCAGACGUCUUCGCCGACUUACGGGAAAGGAGGUGCUCCGCUCGCAGUCUGAAAUCGAACAGACAAACAUCAAGGUCGGUCAAAUCGUCGUCCAGAGUCUCUGGCGGCCUCUGCAAAUCAACCUCCUCGAUCCAUCCGUCCUCUUUACCAGCCUCUACAUUGGCCUCAUGUACGGCAUCUUUUACUCCUUUUUCGAAGUCUUCCCCUUUGUGUACGCCGCGGGCCUUCCUGGCCGGGCUUCUCCCACCGACGGCUACGGCAUGAACGCCGGCCAGAUUGGUCUUGUAUUCCUGUCUAUUACCGUCGGCGUUACUAUAGCAAUAAUUGUCUAUACGGUCUAUCUCCGGAAAGUCUUCGAGCCCAGUAUUCGGACGCAGGGACUCGGCGAGCCUGAGCGUCGUCUGGUUCCCGGGCUGCCCGCCAGUUUCCUCGUCCCCGUUGGCCUGUUUCUCUUUGGCUGGACGGGCAAUUCUAGUCCCGAGAUCCCCUGGAUCGUUCCCACUAUUGGCAUAACAAUCGUCGUUAUUGGCAUAUUCAUCGAGUUUCAGGUCGUUUUUAUCUAUCUUAUGCUGAGUUAUCCCCAAUACAGCGCUAGCUUGCUUGCCGCGAAUGAUUUCGUUCGAAGCUCCUUGGGAUGUGCCGCCAUUCAUUUUUCGCGUCCGCUGUUUAUCAACUUGGGCGUCGGCAAGGGGGUGAGUUUGUUGGCGGGACUGAGUUGUGGAGGCGUGAUUGGCAUAUUCGUACUCUGGUACUUCGGAAUGGCUUUGCGGAAGCGAAGUCGUUUUGCUGCGAAAUAA